AUGAGCAACCCUAUCCUUUCCGUUCUGAAACAGAAUACAAAGAAUGCCUCCAAUCACCAGUCUGAAUUACAGAAAACAUGUAACGAAAUAAACGAAAAUACACGUCUUCAAAUUAACGACAUUUUAGAAAGGAUAGAAUUUAACAUGUCAUUGUUAAAUCAGACAACGGAUAUGAAUAUAGAUGAGUGCACACAAGCGAUAAAAAGCGUACUACAGGUACCACAAAGCCAAUUACAGCAGAUAACAGAGGACACAAUCGACACGGUCGAGAAUAUCAUAGGUCUCAAAUUAGAUAUUGCAAAGUGUGUACUACCAGAAUAUUUAUCAUCGUUACAAAACAAUGCCGAACGUGUUAUCCAGGAAGUCGAGCAGUGCACCCAGGAGAAACUUAACGAGACGAGGACAGCAACGUCCAUGAAAAUAACUGAACAUACGACACAUUCUUCAAUAAUAACUGAACAUUCUGUAGUGCCAACUGAGCAAUAUGCAGGCAGCACGUCACUUGAAACUCCGAUGAUUACAGACUACUAUGCAACGUCUACUACAGUGGCUACUGAUAGACAAAUAAUAACGACCACUGACGGAAUAAGCCCCGAACAACCAAUCGCCAGUAGCACGGAACAAUCUGUCCCCAGUAGAACCGAAGAAGCAAGUCCCAGUAGCACAGAUCAAUUUAUACAAAGUAGUAGUGAGCCAACACAACAAUUUGUACCAAGUAGCUCAGAACAACCGAUGAGCAGCAGCACAGAGGGGUCUGUCCCAACUAGCACUGAAGAAGUAAUUAGCAGUAGUAUAGGGCACUCUGUCACCACUAGUACUGAAGAAGCAACUAGCAGCAGCACGGAGCAAUCUGUCGCAACUAGCACUGAAGAAAUAAGUUCCAGUAGCACAGAGCAAUAUAAUAGUAGUAGUGAGCCAGUAAUCAGCACAACUGCAGAAGAAUUUGUGCUAAGUAGCUCAGAACAACCGAUGAGCAGCAGCACACAGCGAUCUGUCCCAACUAGUACUGAAGAUGCAAUUAGCAGUAGCAUAGAACAAUUUGUCACCACUAUUACUGAAGAAGCCACUAGGAGUACCACAGAGCGAUAUGUUCCAACUAGUACUGAAGAAGUAGUUAGCAGUAGUAAAGGACAAUCUGUCACCAUCAGUCCUGAAGAAGCAACUAGCAGCAGCACAGAACAGUGUGUACCAAGUAGCACUGAGCCAGCACUCAACGCAACUGGAGAAGAACUUGUCCCACGAAUCUCAGAACAACCGAUCAUCAUCAGUACAGAACAAUUGGAUACAACUAGUACUGAAUCUGCAAGUAGCAGCAGCACGGAACAAUCUGUCCCAAUUGGCACGGAAGAAGCAAUUAGCAGUAGCUCAGAGAAAUCUGUCACAACUAGCAUUGACGAACCAACUAGCAGCGGCACAUGGCAAUUUGUGUCAAGUAGCACAGAGCAAUCUGUGCCGAGUAGCACAGAGCAAUUUGUACCAGGUAGCACCGAGCCAGCAAGAAGAACAUCUACAAAACAAGUUGCGCCAAAUAGCUCAGAACAACCGAUCAGCAGCAGCACAGACAAAUCUUACACAAAUAGUACAGAAGUAGCAACUACUAGUAGCACAGAACAAUCUGUACCAAGUGUCAUUGAUCAUUCAUUGAAUAAUAAAUCGGAUGUUGCUACGCCGAAAUAUGAUCAGGCUGUUCCAAGUGUUACUAAAUAUUUAGGGAAUGAUAAAUUUGAUUUCCCGCACUAUGCGUACGCUAUACCAAGUGCUACUGGUGAGUCAUCUGAUAAUAACUCAGACCUUUCUAUUGCUAAGUAUGAUACAGCUGUACCAAGUGCUACUGAUCAGUUAUCUGAUAAUAAAUCAGACCUUGCUGUUGCUAAGUAUGAUCAGGCUAGACCAAGUGCUACUGGUCAGUCAUCGGAUAUUAAGUCAGACCUUCCCAUUGCUAAGUAUGAUCAGUCUGUACCAAGUGCUACUGGUCAGUCAUCUGAUAAUAAAUUGGACCUUUCUAUUGCUAAGUAUGAUCAGGCUAGACCAAGUGCUACUGGUCAAUCACCUGAUAAUAAAUCAGACCUUGCUGUUGCUAAGUAUGAUCAGGCUAGACCAAGUGCUACUGGUCAGUCAUCUGAUAAUAAAUUGGACCUUUCUAUUGCUAAGUAUGAUCAGGCUAGACCAAGUGCUACUGGUCAAUCACCUGAUAAUAAAUCAGACCUUGCUGUUUCUAAGUAUGAUCAGGCUAGACCAAGUGCUACUGGACAGUCAUCUGAUAAUAAAUUAGACCUUCCCAUUGCUAAGUAUGAUCAGUCUGUACCAAGUGCUACUGGUCAGUCAUCGGAUAUUAAUUCAGACCUUCCCAUUGCUAAGUAUGAUCAGGCUGCACAAAGGGCUACUGAUCAUUCAUUGAAUGGUAGUUAA